CAAUCAUUGGGCGAAGGCGGUGCCCGGUUUCUCGCGCAAAUUGGCACGGGGGCCCGGGGCAAAGUCGCGGCCAGGAGCUUCCCAGAAUUCAUUGGGCGAGGGUGGUGCCCGGUUUCUCUCUUUUUUUUUUCGUGGUUUUUUGUUUCUCGUUUCCUUUGUUUUGUCCUGGCGCCCGCGCAGGCUUCGGCUUGAUCGACGUGCGUCACAUAUAUCAUAACUCAUAGCAUCCACCACGCAAGUGCUCCAGUGCUACUUGAUCGAAUUCGCAUAAUUCAUAGCGCAGCGUGAUCUAUGGGCAUCGCGCUCACAUCUUAUAACUUGUUCUCCGACACUGUCGGAGAACAAAUUAUAAGCGCUAGCAGUACUAGGUAGACCGAGAGUGGUGCUGACGAUGGCACGCUUUACGGGUGUUGCGCCCAGUAUCCCUAUGAUCGACCCGGCGAUGAUCACCCCCGUAGCAAAAUAAUGGCCCUCGUUGUGUCCUCCUCCUCGCCUUCGGUUGCGAGGACAAUGAACAGUCCGGACAAGAACGCGGAUUGCGGUGGAACAGGUCCUCUGCGAUGCAUCAUCGUCCUGGACCUUUCUGGGGACGAGAUUUGCAGAUUUUCCCCUGCCCCCACUGACGAUGAAGCCGAUGACUUCACCGUCUCGAUCGGCGACAUCCGAAGACGCGUCGCUGCUUUGAAACUUCUCCCACCGGAGCACAUCGGUGUUGUCAAUCCCAGAACCAGUGCGCUGUAUACCAACGAUGAAGAGGAGAUCGUCGUCGAAGCUGUUGCAGCACGACCUUCUUCAAAAGCGACAGGAACAACGACCUCAACAAGUGUGGCUGCAGACGCCAAGAGCCUCGGGCUCAGCACCAGAGGUCGUAAUAACAAAGGACUUGUUCAAGCGCUUGAUCGUGAUGACCCGCUGGGCAGUGGUGUAGGUGUAGAGAUCGCGAACGCGAACUACGCAGCGUCAGGAUCUUCCAGCGACGUGGCGCAUCCGAACCCUGCGAAAAGACGGCGCUUGGACGACGAGAAACAACAUGAUGAGCCAGCAUUGAGGAGGACCUCGGCUGGAGUUGCUGUCAUACGGCAGGGCAGCGAAAAAAUCGAUGAUCAUGAAGAGCCGCUCUUUAAAGACGGCGAAGAUGUCUCCGAAAACAAAUCGGGAACAAAUGAAGUGGUGGUAGUGGAUCGUCCACCUAUGCUGGUCGAGCGAGAUGGAGCGGGGCUCUUGGGAAACUCUGACGACGGUGAUGAUCUUCCAUCUGACCACGCGUUUUCAGUCUGCGCGGACGAGGAGGAAAAAGAUAUACAACCGGGAGCAUCAACUCCUGCGCUCACCCUCCACGCGAUUAUCGACCAACGGAAGGUCGAGGCCUGGGAAGCGGCAAAAAAUUUUGUGAACACGAAGGGUAGAGGAACGAGCCUCGAGGAAGACUGGGAGAGACUGGUGCUGGGCGAGUUUUUAAGCGUGCACGGCGACGUGGCCAGGUUAUCACAGUGCACAAUUCCCCCUCCCGCCCCUCAUUUGCCACGCAAGAUCCCAAAUCCAAGCGCUACCUCGUGGCACUGUUUGCAUGACAGAUUUUGCGAGCCCAAACAGAACUACACUAGGCACAUGAAUUUGUCAUGCAGAGGCCCCACGCGUGCUGGUGUUUGUGUUGCUGUUCAUGCCAACAUACAAAUGAGGGGGAGGGGGAGUUGUGCACUGUCAUACAGGUCGGACCGGGCCACGAUGAAGGCUUUGCUGGAUAGUAUCUGUGUGGAGUUGAACCUCGCCACGGGCGAGCCCACCGACGGGAACGGGUUGCCCGAGCGGCAGCAGCGCGCCCAGGAAUGCUGUUGGGACGUGUUCGACGCGGCGUCUGAGGAACUGCAGAGGACGGAGGAGUUUGUCGCGCACGGAACACAGUACGGAGGGAUUUUCGUACAGUGUUGAAUUGUCAUAAAUUUAAAUACGCACACGUAGUCUGAGUCUCAAUUUACUGAUGGUUAGUCUUAGUUUUUGUUUGGAAUUCUAUGUACAUGUUGUACACUCUGUCAUGCGCAUACCGUUGCCAGAGAUCCUUUACCUUUAGCUGCGGACUUUUUCUUUCACACGUAUGCAGCUCACGUUGUUGAGCUGGCCUGUAUCUGCUGCGCCUUUUCGACACCUAUGCGUGCUUUUUUCUUGCUCUUGCACCACGUGCAAGGAGGUUUAUCAACAGCAUUUACUUGUUUUUGAAUAUCAUCAAAUAAACACGGCUCCACAGUUUUUCAGCGAGGACUGGCUGCACGAGGAUCUGCGCGACAACGAACGCAUCGCCACCCUGAUGGUCCGCAGCCAUGAGAAGUUCUACCGGGAGCUGGUGAGCGACCGGCUGAAGACGGAUCCGAACAUCAUCCUGGAGACCUUUAUGGCGGCGUUGAGCUUGGGCCACGGCAACGCGGUUCCGGGUGACACAGACGAGGCGGUGCAGGAAAAUUUGUUCAAUGAGUGGAGUACGCUCUUCACGAACAAGCUGGGCGGGCCGGAGGCGCAGCAACUGGGCUGGGACGCGGCCGCGAAGAAGUGGGAUCUGCGGCGGCACCUCUGCAAAUACGUGGCCCACGACAUCCUGCGCCAUUACGGGCACCUGAUGCACGGCGCGGGCGUGCUGGGGAACCUCAUUUGGGGGGUGAAGUCGAACAAGGACUGCGUGUGCUCCUUUUUUGCGAAUGGCUUGAAGCAGCUCGGCGCCGGCGACUGGUUGCAGGACGCGUUUGACUAUCCACUGCAAAACUAUCGAGCACGUAGCCUAUAGUCGUUUCUAGUACUUUGUACCGGUAGUUUCUUCGUACCCGAAUCUUCUUGAGAACAUGAUUUGUCAUGCGAUCUAUACUAGCACGUAGACGCAGAGUGCGAUGAUGCUUCUGGUUUUGCAAUGCAUAUUUACCAUGCAGAGGAUGACGAGGUUACUCCCCCCACUUUGCUGUCCGACAAGAAUUUCAUCAUGGACGACCUGUUGCCUUACCUGUGUUCCAGCUGGAGGAUGGCGCGCGAGUUUUUGCGGUCGUCCUCCGGCACCCGUUUCCGCCGCGACCGGGAGUUCAUGCUGGAGCUGGUCCGCGUAUCCACAGUGAAUUUCCCGUACACGUACAAAUUCGGUCUCUGCAUGACAAAACUUGGCUUCGAUCCUAGUUUAGCAUGACAAGUUUUACGCUCCAAAUUGGUGAAAUUUGUGAUGCAUGUUGUACAUGUACGGGAAAUUUGUAUUGCAUACCGCGCGCACCCGGACGCGUUUGAACUCGCGUCUUUUGCCCUCCAGAAUGACAAGGAGUUCUGGCGUGUCGCCCUGGUGGCGAAGGCCGACUCGCUGGGCCACGGGGACGUCUUCGCCUCGCAGCUGGUGAGCAACACCUGCACGGGGGCGGAGCUGCUCGGUCGCGAGGACGCCGUGCAGACGGCCAUUGCGGAGGGCCAGCUGCUCAGUCUGCUGCGGGCCGGGAAGAAGUGGCUUUUUGAAGGAAAAGACCAGCAGAGCCAAACUACGCAUCAAAACGACGAGCAGCCGCGUGAGGAGCGGCAACCCGCAGAAGUGCCGGACAAGGAGUUCUUGCUUGAUCUCUAUGCACGCUGUCCCAUGUUGUUUGCGCAAGACGCCGCUGCGAGUUCAAACCUCUUGUGGCUCUCGAACAAAGGCGGGGGUACCGACGACGAUGAAGUAGAUGAGCACUACGCGACCACCACGCAGAGCAACGAUAUUAAGACUGCAGCUUCUGUCGACCAAGCUGCCUCUUCUGCCGGAACAACGACCACAACUACUACCGGGCUAUUUCUAAAGCGGCAUGAGGCUGCCAUCCACGCGUUUGGCCCCGUAGCGCGGGUUGCGCUUGCGUGCCGGAAAGGAUCCUGCGAAGGGCUGGACGCGCACCUCUUGCGAUUCUGCCGCGGGCUGCUGCCGGAGCAGACAAAACCUAUGAUGGACUGGUUUGUGGAUCGUGACUUCAAUUUCUGGCCGGACCCCCGGUGGCGCGAGAAGCUGGCGUAUUCCAAGCGGCUGAGCCCCGCUUCGUCGCCGAGUCUGGACGGCGUCCCGGACUGUCUGCGGGCCACGAAAGCGGAGGAGGACGAGUGGCUGGCGUGCUACAAAAGGGAUAGCACGGAGCCCUGGCCGCAGCCGCGGGCGGAACGAGAAGCCAGGGCAAAUCGCAUCAAGGCCGAGCGGUAUGUGGAGUUCCACCCGGUCGACGAGCUGCGCGAGAUGGUCGCCCGCGGGAAAUUCACCUUUCUGGAAUCAAUCCUGAGGAUGUUCGGGCAGCGCCCUGCGAAGGAAAAUGAGCCGGCGCAAAGAGAUAGAGAUGAUGAACAAAACCAAGAACCCGCAGCUGAGGAGGAACGCAAUACGACAUCAGCAGGUCGUGGGGACGAUGAAACAAAUAUCGCUACGACGACGACGACGAACGCACAGCACGGUGGUGCUCAAAACUCGCAGGUAACUGUGAACAAAACGACUGAAGAGACCACUGACAAAGAGAAUGACAAGAACCAGGGUCCUCGCGGAACAAGCUCGAUGAAAAAGGUACCGCGCGCUAGCGCACAACUCGCCCCGUGCUCGCAGCGGGAGUUCGCCCGACCGUUUCAAGAAGCCGGGCAUCUGCUCGUGUCACACGGUGGCGGGGCUGGUGCGAAGUCCCCACAGGAGAUCAGCUUGGCGUUCCGUCUCAUCUACAAGGUCUUGCAGGAAACCAACUGGAAAAAAGCGACUUUCGCGCUCUCUCGGCAGCUGGAAGGGGUGGACCACGGCAGUUCCACGAAGCAGGGCGAGUCUGCUCCCGAAACAACUGGCGCCGCAGCAGCUGCACCUACUGGUACUAUUUCGGUGCCGACCGAAGCUCCUUCGAGCAAUAAUUCACAAGGGGGUCGUGAUGUCAGUGGCUCUGCUCUCGCCCGCACCGAACGCGAACAAAAUACUGGCGGCCCGAAAACGACGGGGGAUGAUAAUGCAGGCUCUCCUGCUGUCGUAGCACAAAUAAAAGUCGAAAACGACAAUGGCCAGCAGGGCAACGUGAAUACGAGCAUGAGCGCCCCUACACCUGCUGCGAAUAUUUCUGUGGACACCUUUCUGGUUCUUAAGGUUAACGACGACGACCCAGGCGAACUCUUUGCGGAAGAAAUCUUGAGGAGCGACGUCGAUUUUUUUGCGGACUUGCUCUAUGGCGGGCAUGCCCUUGGGGAGGCUUUCACAAAAAUCGCACUCAACUCCACUGGUGCAUCAACCACGGGCGCAGCUGCUGGUAAUAUCAAUCCCGGUGGUCCACCCGCAAGAAAGUUCGUCGUGGCGGCAGCGUCUGUUCUCGGGUUCAGCUGCUUUCCCCAUCUCUCACAGGAAGACCGGCGGCGCAAAGACGUUCUCGUCGCUGCGGCCAGUUUGACCCCGGAAAAGCAGUUUGGUUGGGGCUGGGACACGCGAUUUUUGCGCCCGAUAUUAGGGACCACCUUCCCCAUUACGGGCAUGGAAUUUGUGGCAUACAUUCGCACGCUCGCGAACGACGCGGAACACCACAUUCUCAAGUUGAUCCAGUCUCGCGAAAUGGACGAGGAAGAGUCUUUGACCGUGUUAGCCGCGUUGGGAUGCGUCAUUCCCUACAAGCUUUGGUCGCUGCUGCCGGAGGACGCGCGAAAAAACCUCAGCCCAUCACUGCGGCGAAAAUUUUGUCGGGCAAUAGCCACCGUGAGUUCGCAGCGCAUCUGGCGCGGAGAGGAACCCGGCGGAGACCCGGAAUCAGGCGAGUUUCAGCCGUAUCAAAUGUAAACAUGUCUGGGUCUGGAAGAAUGCAAGAUUUGUGAUGCAGGUUUUCCAUGACCCAUGAGGUCUGGAAUGCGAGACCCAGCAUGGCAGAUGCUUUGAGGUCUCUAGCAUGCCUUUCCUGCGGGAGAAACUCCCUCGCAGCUUGGUCAAAAGCGGACAGCUUUUGGCACUCACGCAACACAGAUUUUUGCAUCAUUUAGAUUUAGCAUGGCAGGUUCUAACCUUCCAGACCCAGACAUUUUUGCAGUUGAUAAGCCGCUCCUGGCGUUCUGGUCGAGUUUGUCUCUGGCCGAGCGGGAAAACGAUCCGCUCCUGCUCCAGUGCUUGGCCGAAUCCGCAGACGAAAUGGUCCAUGCGGAGGUAUUCGCCAUGUUAAAACCGGAUAUGCGGGUCCGCGCGGUGUUGGCCGGACCCAAGUUGGCGGGCCAUCUGUUCGACUCGCCCUUUGCGACGGCGCUGCUUCCUCCGGAUACCCAGUUUGAUCCCGCGUUCUGGCUCGACGCACUGCGCGCGCUGACGACGGAGGAGCAGCACUCGCGAAACAUCUCCUUCAAGUGGUGCCUGAUUCCCUGGGCCCUGCGUCGCAACGCGGACUUCAUGCGAAGCGCCGCAAAAAUCAAUCCGCUCUUCGUCGCGCGGCUGGCCGGCGCGGAGGUUCUGGCUUCAAAGGAUUUCGUUUUGGAGGUUCUCAGAAUUAUUCCGGUGGAAGCUUGCGCCAUCUUUCGCAAAGAAGCAGGCUCUCGCUGUGGCAGAGACGUGGCUGCGCGGGAUGUCAAACCGAAAAAAUUCUACCAGUCUAAAGCAGAGCAGAAAGCGCUGUAUCUGGCCGAAUCGCUCCGCAAAGCCGUGGAGAAACUUCUACUCGGAACGACGCGCGCAAACUGUAACAACGAGGAGCUUGUGGAGGAGGCGGUGAAGCGCAACGGCCAGGUGAUUCGCUACGCGUCCUGGCGGUUGCGGAGCGACAAGCGCAUCGCAAAGACGGCGGUGGAGCAGGACGGCGCUGCGUUGAAGCAGUUGCCGCACCACCUUGCGCAAGACGAGGACAUCUGCCUCGCCGCGGUGUCGCAGUGCGGGCUGGCGCUGAAGUAUUGCCCAAUGAAGCUCCGUAGGGAGAGCCGCGCCAUCGUCCUCGCGGCCGUGCGAAACGACCCGGAUGCGGUGUGCUUCGUCCGGGGCGAGAAGUUGCUUGGGGCGGGGGACCCCGAGAUCUACCAAGCGAGUUUGAAGAGCCGGGUGCUGACGGACUACCUUUUACCUUGGCACGCCACCACGCGGGGAGGGGGGCAGAGGCUCUCGGAGGACCACCCGCUCGCGUCGAGGCGGUCGGAAUUCCUGUACGAAGCGGCCCUGGCAGGCAACACGGACGCCCUGACCCUGUUGGAUUACGACGACCGCGCGCUGUUGAACAACUACGACCGCAUGAGUAGGUUGGUCGCCGUGGAUGGCGAAGCGCUGGCAUACACACCACUUCGAGGAAAGUUCGACCUUGCAAUGACCGCCGUGAAAAACACCGGCGCCGCGCUCCGUCACGUGUGUCCGACCUUGCUUCGGUCGGCAAAGGAGGGGAAGCAGCUCGUGCUUGCGGCACUACAGAGCGAGCGGGGGCGGCAGUCUGCGGUGGCGGCCGUGCCACGGACGCACCUGCGCGAUCCAGAAAUUAGGGGAGUAUUGGAGAAGCUCAACGAGGAAAGAGAAGAAAAACUACCUCCGUUCUUUAAUGCUGAAGAUUUUAGAGGCGUCGCGUUUACAGGGUUCCUCGGCGACGAGACGGCCUCGGCGCAAGGGGCGGGACAAGCCAAGUGAUGACUCUUUUUUCGUAUGACUAAACCCGAACGGCGCGCCAGAUCAUGUUCAUGACCACGCCUUGAACAUGUGAGAGCGAUUUACCCCAUUUCCUGGCUCCAAUCUCUCCACACUCUUCAGCAGUGGCAUGCAUGAUCGAAACUACGUGCACGUCGCGAACUGAUACAUCUUGGUCUUACGAUAAAAAAGAACAAAAACAGGCACAUUGACUAUAUGCAUCAAGUGAUCGACUUCUUCGAUGUCAGCUGGUCGUGACGAAUGGGA